GUUCUUUGUUCGGUCCCGUUCGCGAUCAUGCUCACGCACGUUUCGUCGGUUCAUGCAGAUGUGGCGCAACCCAAGAGCAAAAUGUGGCGACCGGAGGAUCUGGCUACGGUCGGCGAACUUCUGCUGGAUAUCAGUUCCAACCUUGCUCAAACAUAUGGACUAACCUUCGAGGAGAUCGAGAAGAGUCUACCUCUAAUCGACACUUCGAAGACUUUGAUCCGCGAUGUGUGCCCAGCUUUCCUAAGCAACGUGGAGUGUCGAGCUGGGAAAUAUCGAAGAAACGACGGUCUGUGCACGAAUUUACAGAAUCCAACGUGGGGCUCCACUUUAUCCCCUUUCCAAAGAUUGAUGAGUCCACGAUUUGCGGACGGCUUAACAGCACCUAGAAUAUCGGAAACAGGUCAUGAUUUACCAUUAUCACGAGUGGUGUCACGCACCAUGCAUCCUGAUGAGGGUUAUCACGAUCACGCUGGCACAGUCAUGGUCAUCGCCUGGGGACAGUUUAUGGACCACGACUAUACGCUGACUGGCACCCCUCUAGAUCCCCUGAACCGAAACGACCCGGAGGAAUGUUGCCAUCGGCCACAACACCUGAAGAAUCCGUACUGCAACGAGAUCCAUAUACCGGAAGACGAUUAUUUCUACAGGCUGUUCGGCGUGAAAUGCAUGGACUUCGUUCGCGCCUUUCCAGCCGUUCGACCUGGUUGCAGACUUGGCUCCCGUGUGCCUUUUAAUCUUCUGACAGGUGUGCUUGACGGGAACACCGUCUAUGGUAUCUCGGAAUCAUUCGCCAGGAAGCUCCGCGCUGGUUAUGGAGGAUUGUUACGCAUGAACCCAGUGUUCUCGGAGUAUGGUUUGAAGGAUUUACUGCCACUGAAGCUGGACAUCCCCGACGAGGGCUGCACUCGACCGAAUCGAUCGAUGUACUGUUUCGAAGCGGGUGAGAUAAGAGUGAAUGAGCAACUUGUGCUAACCUGCAUGCAUACCUUGAUGGCGCGAGAACACAAUCGAAUAGCGAAGACCUUGAUUCAAAUUAACCCUCAUUGGGACGACGAGACGCUGUACCAAGAGGCAAGACGAAUCGUCAUUGCUCUGAUUCAACAUAUCACCUACAACGAAUUUCUGCCCAUUCUACUUGGUAAAGAUGUCAUGGAGAAAUUUGGCCUUCUUCUUGAGAAAAAUGUAUACUGGGACGGUUACGACGAAAGCGUGAACCCAGCAGUGAUCGAUGCUUUCGCUGCUGCAGCCUUCAGAUUCGGCCACUCGUUAUUGCCAACGGCAGUGGAAAGAUGGAGCAAAGCUCAUAAAUUCAUCGCCUCGAAGAGACUGUCAGACUUAAUUAGAAGACCGUUUGACCUGUAUCGUGCUGGAGUUUUCGACGAGUACGUCAUGGGAUUGAUGAACCAAGUUGCUCAAGCUAUGGACGACUCUAUCACGCAAGAAGUGACGAAUCACUUAUUCAAAAAAGUUGGAGCUAAAUUUGGACUGGAUUUGGUCUCGUUUAACAUGCAACGAGGUCGUGAAUUUGGUAUUCCAAGUUACAUGGAAUUCAGAAAAUUCUGCGGACUUCCAUGGGCAGACACCUUCGACGAACUACACGGUUCCAUGCCAAACGAGACCAUCAAACGCUACAGCUCGAUCUUCGAUCGCCCAGCUGACGUGGAUCUGUGGUCCGGUGGUGUGUCCGAGAGGCCACUUCCGGGUAGCAUGCUCGGUCCAACCUUCGCCUGUAUAAUCGCCACGCAAUUCAGCUAUUCCCGUCGUGGUGACCGAUUUUGGUACGAGUUGCCGAAUCAGCCAUCGUCCUUCACUCUCGAUCAACUAAACGAAAUUCGCAAAGUGCAGCUCGCUAGAGUGAUCUGCGACAAUACGGACCUGAUCGACACCAUACAGCUAUAUCCCAUGGUGUUGCCCGAUCAUGAAAUAAACCCACGAGUACCAUGUCGAAGCGGCGUGCUACCAAGCAUGGACCUGAGCAAAUGGGCGGAAUUCCCGACCGCGAAUCAAGCGCAAUACGUGAGUAAUCUAGCGGACAACUAUCAAGCAUACGGAAAGUAAAAAGGCUGUUUUUUAGAAGUAAAAUUUAGAGAACCUACCGCCUAGACGAAAGACCACCACCAUGUAGUGAACAAGUCACGAGCCAAGAAGCACGACACUUAGCCAACCCCUUUCACCCUGAGACACACGAUUACGGUACUGUAGAAUAGCGAAACUAUCGACAUGCUAGUCUGCAUGUUGCAUUUCGAAUCAGCUUAGGGAUCACAGAGGUAGACGAACAGUUCUAGCAUCCGAAUAGAACCCGCCCCCCUCCCUCCUCUAGCGACCUUAAUUAAUUAGUAUACUCGAUAAAGACACUUAAUUUAUUGCCAGGCUAGAAUUAUAAUUUAUAUUCAAUAUAAAUUAUGAUUUUUUCCGUUGUAGUUUCUUUGUUUUCUUUUUAUACAUGUUUUAUACGUAAACGGAUGUGUAAAGAUAAUAUAAUUAAUUUUAAGGAAUUCCGUGACGUUUAACGAUUUAGAAGUCGAUGACUUUCUAUCUAUAUACAGUGAUGGAGGAAAAUAUCGCUAUAGACCGGAGUUUCUUGUAAAAUCUUGUGCGAAUCUGUAAAAUUUAUCGCUGAUUCCUUGUUCAAUCUUUUUGUGAGAUGCGACCAUCGGGGCUGAAAUUCAAAUUUAUCGUAAUUGGUUGUCGUUAAACAACUGUAGAAGUAUGUAAGGACAGACGAACUACUUUUACCGGAAUGUAAAAUUUCGAUCGUCGAUUUAGUCGAUUCUGUAAAUAUUCUGGAACGUAUACACGGGCAGAAGUGGAAUUUUGCAACGUUGAAACAGAAGUUUUGGUUGCUUGUAGCGGUUAUUCGAAGUAAAGAUUCCACGUAACUGUUUCAAGAAACGAAAUCGAUGUCGCAAACGCUGCCAAUUCUCGCCUGUUAUGCCUUACAAAAACAUUUGAAUAAAGAAUUGUGUAUUUUAGAAAUUCACCUAGAAUUUUAUGAGAUACGCUUGUCUGUGCUAAUACUUUUGUUCAUCGCUAUAUCUGUACAUACGUUACGAUCCAAUUACAAUUUUGUAACGUGCCUUUAUAAUAACAGAUUUACGAAAAAGCGUAGUGCGACACGAUCAUCGAAUUUUCGCAUAUUGCUUGCGUAUUACAAUCGAGUCGAACGAGGGAAGGAGAUUCAAGUGAUCGAAGUUGCAAAUAAUAUGAAUUCGUUGCGUAAUGGCGGUACGCGACAGGGGCGCGUUCACGUAGGAACAACUUCCACGCCGACUGCUUUUAAUAAUCACUCUCGAAGUACGUUAGAAACUGAUACAAUAGAGAGAAUUUAGCUGUGCCUGUGUCGCGUUGUGUCACAGUCGAAACCAGUUGCAAAUGAUUGCACGAUUCAUAUGGAUUAACAAAGAUUGCGAAACGGACGACGACUCCCUUUCAUUCAACUUCACUUCGUUUGUCGUUAGUUACCUAAUAGAGAAGUAAAUAUACGCGAAAUCGUCUUCAUAUUACGAGAAUAUCACGGUGGUAGGCCAUCGCGCGUUUUAUUUCUCAAUACCUGUCGAAUACUCCAAUUUUAUUUUCGCGGUGGGCAACCAUUUUCUACGAAUUUUAUUUUUCCAUUGAUUUGGAACAAUUUCAAAUGUCAGAACACGUUACUUGAUAUACGGUUGUCAAAAUCGUGAUUACAAUUUUUUCACCCUCCAAUUCUCGUUACGUACGUAUCUUACGUUUCGGAUAUUCCAAAUUUUUUACGUAUUACAUAACCGAAGUAAUCGUUUAAUGGAAUCCACGAAAUGUUCAGUCUUAUCGUUUUGCACUAUUAAAGAUGAAAAUGAACAAAAAUUCAAGCUAUGAGAAUUGAGGGGUUUUAAGUCUUUUGAUGAAAUUAUUCGGAUCAAGUAUCUACGAUGAAUCGUGUCUGUAUCAUGAGUGGAAAAUUGUAGCUCUACUAUCGUCACACAUCUCCCAGAUCUCUCUAGAACGACUUUUAGUACCAUCAAUGUUUCUAUUUCCCUUUCUUACUUAGCUAUCCUUACAUCGAAUCCUUAAUUUAUUCUUCGUACGUAAUAAGUGCGGAUUUCUCCACCCUUCAACUUCUCACAAACGCAUAAAAAUCCGCAGUCCAGUAAUAACUCCUACACAAUGUACAUAAUAGCACGUAACAAAAGCGCAUUCCCUCCAUGAAAUAGCACCAACACGGGUAGCACAUUUUUACUAGUGUCCAUUCUCUAGUCUUUCUCUCUAUCACGAUAAAUACAAUUUUUCCCCUGAAAUAAAGAAAAAAGAAGAAAGAAAAAAA